AUGGAAGACCCUGAAUCUAUAAUACCAGUAAAGAAAGAUACACUUUUAAGGAAUUUUUGUUCAAAAUUUCUUAAGGAAAGUGUCAGUUUUGAGAAUAAUGUAUAUAUGUUUGAAUGUUCUUUAUGCUCUACUAAAUUUAAGACUGAAUGUGAUAUAUCAAAUCACAUAACUGAGAAACAUCCUGAAAUUAAAGAUGAUCAAAUACUUUUUUUUGAAGACAAGCACAAAAGUAGUAAAGAUGUUAAUUAUGAAGGUAUUGAAGAAGGACUGGCUCUUAAUGAAGAUUCAGAUAUAGAAGACCAAGGUUCCAUAAUACCAGGAAAAUCAGAUACCUUUUUAAGAAAUUUUUGCGUUGCUAGUCCAGACAGUAUUAAAAAAAGUGAACAUAGUGUUAGUUUUGGGAAUUAUGAAUGUUCUUUGUGUUCUAUUAAAUAUAAGACUGAACGUGACAUAUGCAGACAUGUAAAUGAAAAACAUCCUGAUAUUAAAUUUGAUCAAAUGCGAUUUUUUGACAAUAAGCUGCAGAAUAAUAAUAAAAAUAAGAGAGCUAUGAGAAAAAAGAACUCUACACACAGGUUUACUGUGAAACACAUGAUGAACAAGCCUCAACAAAAAAUUGACCAGAAUAUAGUGAACAAGGCGAAAUUUACUGUAGAAGGGAGAGUUUUUUACAAAUGUAACGAAUGUGGUAAAAAUCUUCAUUCUGUAUACACCUAUGUAUGGCAUAUGAGAAUACAUACAGGUGAAAGACCCUAUGUAUGUGAUCUUUGUGGUAAACAAUUUAGAGUUUCCCAAGGUUUGGUUAGACACCUUAAAGAAACUCAUGAAAGGAUCAAGAACUUUGAGUGUGAUAUUUGUGGCAGGUAUUUUUCUACCAAAAGAAAUGCUGAGGAACAUAGGAGGAUCCAUACAAAUGAAAGACCAUAUGUUUGUGCUUUGUGUGGUAAAUCUUUCAAACAAAAAGCUUCCUUGUUUGUGCAUAACAGGUCUCACAGUACAGAGUUUGCUUUUUCUUGUACUUACUGUUCCAGUAAGUUUAGAGCUAAACAGUCUUUGAUGACGCAUAUAACAAGACAUACUGGUGAAAAACCGUAUCCUUGUGAUGUGUGUGGGAGAAGUUUUAGAAUAAAAUACGAACUUAAAAGACAUAAGUUAGUUCAUUCUGAUGAGAAACCAUUCAGGUGUAAGGUGUGUGGUCAGAGCUUUAGACAGAAAAGAUAUUUAAGAAACCAUUUGAAACUUAAUCAUCAUUUAGCUAAUCCUAACGAACUUAUUGAUAAUGUAUAA